UCCGCUUUUCUAUUUGCGCCAUUUUGGAUGGGGGCACUUUCUCGCCUGGAUGUGUAUUGUCUGUCAAGAGAAGAAUGGGACAGGGAAGCGUAUCGUUAUUAACAUAGGCUCGCUUUCCAUUGCAUUUUUGACAUGAUGAGAGAUUUCUUUUUCGUUUCCUUCAUCGCGUGUCCGUCCUCGACGAGCUUUACUUUGUCAUAUGAGGCAAGGAACGCGUGUGUUCCUGUUUGCUGAGCAGAGGAAGGAGGAGGAGGAGGAGAGCCCGUGUCGGCGAGGAGACCAACGGCGGGGUGACUGACUGACUGACUCAACUCUCUCCUCCUACUUUGGAACUCACCUGUAAGGAUAUCGGCAACCGAGCGGGAGUAGUGGAAGAGUCGCUCCACCGCUUCGGUCGUCCCCGCCGCGGUGACUCUGUCCACUCAAAACGCCAGGCGCGGAUGUAAGAGCAGGCCACCAGAAUGUUUCAGCUCCCCGUCAAUAAUCUGGGCAGUCUACGCAAAGCUCGGAAAAAGGUCAAGAGGGCCCUGGGAGACAUCGGCUUGGAGUACUGCAAGGAUCACCUAGAGGAUUUUAAAGCCUAUACCCCCCCAGAGGUGUACAUAAAGCACACUUCUUGGGAAGAUGUGUGCAUGUGGGAGCCAUCGCAUACCAAAGUCCAGGACUACAGAUCCAAACCUUUUUGCUGCUCCGGCUGCCUCUUCUCAUCCAAAUACUUCUCAGCGUAUAAGAGCCACUUCCGCAAUGUCCACAGCGAAGACUUUGAGAACAACAUCCUGCUUAACUGCCCUUACUGCACAUACAACGGGAACAAAAAGAGCCUGGAGACGCACAUCAAACUUUUCCACAUGCCCAGCAACAACGCCGUGCGCCAGGGUCCCGGCGCCAUGCUGGGCGGUACCAGUGGUCUCGUGAUGAAGGAUGGCCUCCUAAAGAGGCCAGGGGACACCCUCGAACAGGCGGUGUACUACUGCAAAAAGUGCACCUACCGGGACCCUUUGUACAAUGUGGUGCGAAAGCACAUCUACAGGGAACACUUCCAGCAGGUGGCUCAGCCUUACAUCGCAAAACCGGGAGAGAAGAGCAGCACUCCAAAUGGCGGAUCCGCCGCCAAAGCAGAGGGUAGCAGUGCAAAUAGCGCUCCAACUCAUCAGAUCCAUUGCAAGAAGUGUCUGUUCGUUCCAAGGACCUAUGAGACGCUCGUGCAGCAUGUCAUCGAGGACCACGAGAGGAUCGGCUACCAGGUGACUGCCAUGAUUGGACACACCAGCGUGAUCGUCCCCCGGCCCAAACCCAUCCUACUGAUGCCCUCGAAAACUCACGGGGACAAGACCAUUAUCGGGAUGGGCCCGAAGGGCGCCGUCAUGGCCACCACUAGGCCGUCGGCUUCUCAGCAGAUGGUCCGAGUUGCCGGUGUCUCAAAGCUGAGCUUUGGUUCUCAAACUCUCCUAACAGGCCAUAAACACGAGCCAGUAGGUUUAAAGGCGGGGAGCAACCAGCCUUUCAGUUUUGCUGGCCAACAGCCCAAGGCCACUCUCCCGGGGAACGCCCAGGUUUCUCUGCAGCCCCACUCGGCCAAACAUCACUUUUCGGCAGGCGGCCUGCGGAGCCCGGUGGUGGUCAGCGGCGCGUCCUCCUUCAAGUCCAACCCCCUGGGCUCACGAGUCCAGGCGGCUGCCACCACCUUCGCAUCAAUCACAGCCAAGAAAAGCGGCUCCUCGGUCCUGAGCACGUCUUACACCCAGAAGUGGAAAAUCUGUACCAUUUGCAACGAGCUCUUCCCAGAGAACGUGUACAGUUCUCACUUUGAGAAGGAGCACAAAGCCGAGAAGGUUCCCGCCGUGGCCAACUACAUCAUGAAGAUUCACAACUUCACCAGCAAGUGUCUCUACUGCAACCGCUAUCUCCCCAGUGACACCUUGUUAAACCACAUGCUCAUACAUGGCCUGUCCUGCCCGCACUGCCGCGCCACUUUCAACGACGUGGAGAAGAUGGUGGCGCACAUGCGUCUGUCGCACCCCAACGAGUCGGUGGGCCCUCGCACCGACUCCCCCUUGACUUUCGAUCUCACCCUGCAACAGGGCAACCCAAAGAACGUUCAGUUGAUUGUGACGACCUACAAUAUGAAAGAUGCCCCAGAGGAGUCUGUGGCUUUUCAUGCCCACAACACGCCCGUGUCGCCUUCCCUGUCCACCUCCCUGCUGUCGGCCAAGAGGUUAUUGUCUCAGCACCCGCCUAAAAUGCACUUGAGUGUACCCGAGAGUGCGUCCGUCAAGAAUGUGCCACAAACGUCUGUACCGUACAAGAGGGACGUAGGGAAGACCCUCUGUCCGCUUUGCUUCUCCAUUCUCAAGGGACCCAUCUCGGACUCGCUGGCCCACCACUUGAGAGACAAGCACCAGGUCAUUCAAACUGUCCACCCGGUAGAGAAGAAACUGACCUACAAGUGUAUUCACUGCCUUGGUGUGUACACCAGUAACAUGACUGCCUCCACCAUCACCUUACACUUGGUGCACUGUCGUGGCGUAGGCAAGUCACACAACGGCCAGGAGAAGUCCGCUCACGUCUCUCGAAUCGGUCAGGGCAGCGCCGUGAAACGUAUCGCUUUUGAGAGCGCCGACAUUAGUCCGCCAAAAAAGAAGAGGCGGGGACCGCCUGGGGAGAGAGCACACCCGAGAGAUAUGAACGGUUCAUUUACCGAAAACCCGGAUGAGCCCGUUGCCCUCGCGCUAGACCCGGAAGGACUAGAAAAUGAUUCGUACGAAUCAAGGAAGGCAUUCCUCACGCGCUACUUCAAUCGAGCGCCGUACGCCACACAGCGAGAGGUGGAGAAGCUGGCGGCCGGUCUGUGGCUGUGGAAGUCGGACAUCUCCAGCCACUUUGUCAACACGCGCAGGAAAUGCACACGGGAAUGCCAAAGUCACAACCCUGCCGUCUUGCUCGGAUUCAGCAUGCACGAGCUUAGCAAAGUGAACCACGAGUUGGCAUUGGACAGGGUCGGUGGCGCGAGCUGGAGCCAAGCGGACCGAAGGCGCACGUCCAGGACACGCUUGGGCCUGUCGGAACGAGCCCGCCAAAGGCACAAGGAGUCAGUCGCCGCCAACGUCAAGGGUUUUACCCCGCAACCGAACACUACAGGAGACCAAACCGAGACAAUCAACAGCAUACUGCUGCAAAAAACGCCUGAGGACCCGACCGAGCCGAUCGCCAUCGACUCGGACAGUGAAGAGGAAGUCCGAGGCGAGUCGUCCCAAGUGUUCUGUCAACCUCCAGGAACCAAGGAGAGAGCGGCACUCGCUAUGGAGGCCAACGUUACAACGCAAGACGCAUUCGAUGACGAGGAUGAUGACGACGAGGACGAUGACGACGACGAUGACGACGACGCGAAUGAAGAGGUGCACUUUGAGAACGGUUUCGGGCCCACCGAUUCAGCCCAAGGAAGAGAUUCGCUGCCCAUCAUUAUUCCCAAAUUCGUACCCUCGUCUGCUAGGCGGAGCGGCGACGGAGCACAGCUGGGUAAGCAGCAGCAGGUCUGACUACUAACAAGGCGUCGGUUUGAAGACCUGCAGCCCCGCACCAACAAAUCUGCCUCACCUGGACCCAAGGAACACACGAAGGAACUC